UAUUCACAAAUUGUUAUAAGAAUCUAAACAUUUCAAGAAUCAAUCUUGUGAAGAGAGAGACAGCAUGAGUAAGAGGGAGACGAUCAUCUCUUUCAAUGUUUCUCUUGCCUUAGUAGUUCUAUUACUAGCCCACUUGUCGUUUCUUGCGACAUGUUUGCCGGAUCAUGUUCACCAUGAUCCUAUGUUAGGCAAUGGUAGGGAAGCAUUAGAGAUAAUCAUCGGCGGCGGUGGCUCUCCUCCGGCUCCUCCUCCAGACUACCAAGAUUGCCCUCCCCCUCCUCCUCCACCGUGCCCGCCACCACCUUCUCCGUACCCUUUUGAGAGCAAGCGUAUCGAAAUAGUCUACCCCGUCAUCCAGAAAUUCAAGCAAAAAAUCAAGUAUGACCCUUAUGGCAUCACGAAGACAUGGAUUGGUCCGGAUAUAUGCAACAAAUACAAGGGUUUCAUUUGUGACACCCUCAUCCCCUUGGGCGAGAAGGCGCUCGCCGGAGUGAAGUUCAACGGCUUCAACCUCGACGGCCCUGACCUCAAUCUCGACAGCUUCAUCGACGAAUUGCCGGACAUAAUGGUCUUCCAUGCAAAUUCCAACAAUUUCAAAGGUGCAUUCCCCUUGAAAAUUUCCAAGAUCAAAUACUUAUAUGAACUAGAUCUAAGCAACAACAAGUACUCAUGCGAGUUCCCAUAUGAAGUUCUUGGUGCUACCAAGUUGACCUUCUUGGACCUCAGGUUCAACUCAUUUUAUGGUAUGCUUCCACCUCAAGUCUUCAUGCUAGAUGUUGAUGUGCUUUACCUCAAUAACAACAAUUUCACGCAAAAACUCCCUGAUAAUUUGGGCUCCACCCCAGCCCUUUACUUAACUCUAGCCCACAACAAAUUCACCGGCCCAAUUCCUAAAACCAUAGGCCAGGCCCACAAGACUCUCACAGAAGUUCUAUUGUUGGACAACCAGUUGUCUGGAUGUUUGCCAUGUGAAAUUGGGCUUUUGGAAAAGGCCACGGUCUUUGAUGCAAGCCGAAACCUCUUGACCGGCCCAAUUCCUCAAUCCUUCGCCUGUUUGGCCCAAAUGCAGAUUCUCAACUUGGCUAACAAUCAGUUAUAUGGGCCUGUACCAGAGCUUGUGUGCAAGCUGGCCAAUCUGGGGAACCUAUCACUUUCCUAUAAUUACUUUACUAAGGUGGGGCCGGAAUGUCGGAAGCUGAUUAACAAAAAUGUGUUGGAUUUGACGAUGAAUUGCAUACCGGGCCUUCCGGGCCAAAGAUCACCUGCUCAAUGUCAUGCUUUUUUCUCCAAGGCUAGGUCAUGUCCUGACGAAGGAUCCUUCAGUUGGAUGCCCUGCAAUGCUAAUUCUCGACGAAACUCUCUUGAGUUGUCGGAUUCUGUCAGCACAUCAACCGGUUCGAAGGAGCCGUCACGGUCUUAUGCUGCUCUACAUCCCCAUCGAUUGUAAUAAAUUGAGUAUGUUCAGCAACAGAAAAGCAAAAUUGAUAACGCAAAUCAAGUUUAGUUGAAUCAAACUUAAUUAUAUAAUGAAUGAAACACAACUAAUUGAUGUGUUGUCCAAA